AUGACGACUGACCCGUUUUCGGGCUCUUCUCGGCCUGGAACCCCAUCUGCAUCUGCUAUUGUCGGUGAACCCCCUAUCGUCCCUUCUGUGGAGGCUCAGCACCUAGCCCGCUUCGAGUUCAGCGAUGCUGGUACAAAGGUUCUGAUGGUGGAGUGGUAUCCCGAUGCCGUUCCGGGCCCCGCUGCAUCUGUCAUUUGUCUUGCCGACACCCCCGGUGAACAAUCCGCCCCGGCUGCCGAUCGCAUCUCCGCAACGGAGCCGGCUCCGAUUUCUGCUCCGGUGGACAGCAUCAACAGAACAUGUUGGCAAGUGUCGUGGCCGGGUAAAUCUACUAACCUCCCUGCUGCUGAUCUUGAGUCAGACACUGCUCCUGUGUCUUCAUCUCGUCAACGUCGUCGCCGUGUAUUCUUCCUGCUCCCCGCUGAUGCCACGGUACCCUCAACGAUCACUAUUACGCCGCCUGGGUCACCCAGUCUAACUCUCAAACCGCUUCCGGCCAUCUUCCCACCAGGCCUUGCCGCUGAUCCAGGCAAUCGGGGAGUCCUACACACACUAUGGGCUCGCCAACGCCUGGCAGCCAUAGAUCGGGAGGUAGCCAACGAGCUUCGUAAUAAUGCUGAGGGAGUGGGUGUUGAGAUGGCCCUCGCAGAGAGGCAGUGGAUUCUCGACACAUUUAUCAACACGCCACAACUUCCCAGUGAUUCCAUGCCUCGUCCUGUAGCUACUCGUUCACCUACGGGCCGCUUGGGGGACAAGCUCAAAGGUCUCAAGCUAGCCACAUCACCUGCUGAUCUAACACCGAGCACGACAGCGAACACCUUCAUGAGCCCCAUUAGUCAAUCUCAUCCGUUUCAACCCAGAGGGCGUGAUAUCGCUGUGUCGUCCCAUGAGGCCAUGGCCAGCAACGCAUCCACAGGUCCCAUAUCGCUGAAUGCUGCACUACAUGGCGACCUAACCACAGCUGCCUCGGCCCCUGUCAGACCUCUACGACGAGAUGACGACGACGAUCUGUUUGCUCUGCCCAUGAGUCCACGCAGCCCAGAUAUGAAGAAGAGUCCUUUCAGCGCACUAUAA